CAGACUCAGAGAUCCAGGGAGUCCUGGACUUUGCUCCUUGGAUAACGUGAUCCUCUGCAGAGGAACUGUCUGAUUGUGCGACCCUAUUUCUGCAGACAUUCCCGGUUCUCAGUGGGCUAAAACAACUCAAGGCUACUUUGUGCACAAAAGCAUUUUAACACCAAGAUUCGGGAAGCUGUAGAAGCUUUUAAUGGGGAGGGCUUUGCCUAAUGAUUGCAAAUGUAAUGUGUGUGGUAAAAAUGGUGCAGAAAUACCAGUCCCCAGUUCGAGUCUACAAAUAUCCCUUUGAGCUCGUCAUGGCAGCGUACGAGAAGCGCUUUCCUACCUGCCCAGAGAUCCCAGUGUUUCUGGGGAGUGAAAUCCUGCACGAAUCCAGGAGCGAGGACGGGGCCAUCCACAUCAUUGAGCGGAGCUGCAAACUCAACGUGGACGCUCCCAGGCUGCUGAAGAAGAUUGCAGGGGUGGAGUACGUGUUCUUCAUCCAGAGGAACACUGUGAACUGGAAGGAGCGCACGCUGCGCAUCGAGGCCCACAACGAGACCUUCGCCAACCGCGUCGUGGUCCGGGAGACCUGCAGCUACUCUGUUCACCCUGAGAACGAGGAGUGGACGUGCUUUGAGCAGUCGGCGUCUCUCGACAUCAAGUCCUUCUUUGGCUUCGAGAGCACGGUGGAGAAAAUUGCCAUGAAGCAGUACACCUCCAACAUCAAACGGGGCAAGGAGGUGAUUGAGCACUACCUGAAGGAGCUCAUCUCCCAGGGCAUCACCUUCAUCCCACGCUGGACCCCUCCGGCCGGGAGCGGGCGGGACGAGCCAAGCCCGGCUGUGGGACACGAGGCUGGUGACAUCCCAGUGGAUCCUGGGGCUCCUGGAUCCCCCUGCCCCUCUGCAGAGGCUGCCAGCCCCGAUGCUGACAAACUGGACGCCGAGUACAUCGAGCGCUACCUGGGCCAGCUGACCCCCCUGCAGGAGAGCUGCCUCAUCCGCCUGCGCCAGUGGCUGCAGGAGACACACAAGGGCAAGAUCCCCAAGGAUGAGCACAUCCUGCGCUUCCUGCGGGCUCGGGACUUCAACAUCGACAAGGCCCGGGAGAUGCUGUGCCAGUCGCUGUCCUGGCGCAAGCAGUACCAGGUGGAUUAUAUCCUGCAGUCCUGGAGGCCCCCUGCCCUCCUGCAGGAGUACUACACGGGGGGGUGGCACUACCAGGACAAAGAUGGACGGCCACUCUACAUCCUUCGGCUCGGCCAGAUGGACACAAAGGGUUUGGUGAAAGCUCUGGGAGAGGAGUCACUGCUGAGACAUGUUCUGUCCAUUAAUGAGGAAGGACAAAAGAGAUGUGAGGAAAAUACCAACAUCUUUGGCCGCCCCAUCACAUCCUGGACGUGCCUGGUGGACUUGGAAGGGCUCAACAUGCGGCAUCUGUGGCGGCCUGGGGUGAAGGCCCUGCUCCGGAUCAUCGAGGUGGUGGAGGACAAUUACCCCGAAACCCUGGGGAGGCUCCUCAUCGUGAGAGCCCCCCGGGUGUUCCCUGUGCUCUGGACCCUGGUCAGUCCCUUUAUCAAUGAGAACACGCGGCAGAAGUUCCUCAUUUACAGUGGGAAUAACUACCAGGGCUCAGGAGGGCUGGUGGACUAUGUGGAUAAAGAGGUGAUCCCAGACUUCCUGGGAGGAGACUGCAUGUGCACUGUCCCAGAAGGUGGCCUUGUCCCCAAGUCACUGUAUCAAACCGAGGACGAGCCAGAGAACUCUGAUCACAUCCGGCUGUGGACAGAAACCAUCUACCAUUCUGCAAGUGUCCUCAGGGGAGCUCCACACGAGAUAGUCGUGGAGAUUCUGGAAGGGGAAUCCGUCAUCACCUGGGACUUCGACAUCCUGAAGGGGGACGUGGUGUUCAGCCUCUUCCACUCCAAACGAGCUCCUGAGCCAAGUCACAAAGAAUCCACGUUACCAGGUCCCUGUGCUGGGGACAAUGUGCAGCUCAUCGACAGGACCUGGGUGCUGGGCGUGGAUUUCAGCCGUGUGGAGUCACCGCUGGUCUGCCGGGAGGGGGAGAGCAUCCAGGGCUCCCACGUGACGCGCUGGCCGGGGUUUUACAUCCUGCAGUGGAAGAUGCACAGCCCACCCCCCUGCUCCAGCUCCAGCCUGCCCCGCGUGGACGAUGUGCUGGCCUCCCUGCAGGGCUCCGGCCACAAGUGCAAACUCAUCUACUACUACGAGGUGUUGGCCUCCAAGGACUUCAGGGGAUCCAUGUCGAGCCUGGAAUCUUGCAACAGCGGCUUUUCCCAGCUGAGUGGAGUCACGACAUCUUCCAGCCAGUCCCAGAGCAGCUCCCACCUUUCCAGAUAGCAGAGCCAAGGCUGCAGGGAAACACCACCUGGGCCUUCCUGCCCCCGGAGCUGCUCCCAGCCCCAAACCAAAGAGCUCCAGGGCUGAGCCUUGGGGCAGUUGUGUCGCAGCCAUUUGGGCACAGAGAGGCCUCUGGGAGCUGCUUAAACCACAAGACCUGAAAUUCCAACGGCGGGUUUGGAGUUCUGGAGCAGCUGCUGCCCCUCAGUGCUCUCUCUCACCGCCUGUGGAUUUUGGAUGGAUGUCCCUUGGCAGGGAUUGCUCCAAAGGGCUUCUCCCAUCGGUCCUUCCCGUGUGUGGCAGAGGAGGCUGAUGUUGCCUUACUUGUUGGACCUUUUGGUUAUUCCUGGGUAGCAAAACUACUGGAGUUUCCUGGGUGCCCACAGGACAGUCGAGUUGGGCAUUCCAGGGGCCGGGCCUUGGAAGGACACCUUGGUACAGGUAGGAGAGUUCAGAAAUCACUUCCAGGUCAAACCAAAAACCUCUCCUGGUCUGGCAGGAUGUUACUGGGAAAUGUGGUGGAUUUUUGUAACCCUGCUGGGACAAAGUCAAAACAGUUUUCUGGAAAGUCCAGGCAGGGAAUCUGCCUCCAGCAAGUGGCAUCUUCCUAAAGGUAAACUAUUGUUCUUUCUCCUCAGGUUUACAGCAAUAAUGAGUAGGUCUGUCCCAUCCCUGAGUGGAUGGGAACUGAGUCCAAUUCUAAAGGGCUAAGCAAAGCAAUAUUUGAUUUCCUGAAGGCACAAGAUUUUCUGGCAGUAACUUGCUUACAGUUCCUGCAGAACUUGCUUCUUUAAAACAUGAGCUCACUUGAAACCUUUCAAAGAGGCCUGUAUGUAUGUAAGCACUUACUGAAGCCUAUUUAUUCAAUGCUAGCUUAUUUUAAAUUAAUUUUUAACUUAUUUAUAAUGUCAGAAAUGACUAUUUAUUAAAUCUAGCCACCUUUUUUAAUGGGAUGAACUUUGAUUUUAGAAAGGAAUAACUGGUUGUCUUCAAUCCCAAGAAGUCUUUCUACUUAAAUCCCAAUCUUUUGUGAUCACUGGAUGUUCUUGCAAAAAGGGCUGCACCGUGCAGAGCACUGGGGUAAGGGCUGUGUCACCUUCCCUGCAAGGGAAGGGGAGAGUCCAGUGCUUUUUGGGCUGUUUCUUAGGAUUAAGAAGCCAGGAUUGAGUUCAGGAGUUGUCGUGAAGAUUCACUGUCUUCCUGCACACCAAAAAUCCCGUGUUUGUCCCUCAUCUCCACUGGUGGUUCGUGUGGUCGGGCUGGGGAGCAAAGUUAUCCCUGUUCUUGUCCCCGUGGCAACAAAAUGAGAACAGGCAUCAAAUACUCCCCGAGUUUUCAUUCAGGCUGAUGGAAUCUGGGCAGUCCUUCCUUCCCACCCUGCUGGUUUAAUUCCUGGUUUGGAAGCACCAGGUGCUGCCAAAGGAGCCCAAAUAUUCUGAACAAUGAGAGAUGAGAACUUAAUGUGUUUGUGAGUUGUUUGGUGAUUUUUUUUUAAAGGAUUGGAGCCAAGGGAAUCACUCUCCCACCUUGCAGGGCUCAGGGAAGUUCUGAUUUCCAAGGAUUCCCCAGUUGUUCCAUGGACUUUUAGCAUUUGUCCCACACAAGUGCAACUUCUGUCUCCAGCAUUUCAGCAUAAAUGGAGUCUGAGAGUGUGGGACAAGUAUCACCUUUCCUCUGAAAAAUCAGGAGUUUCGACAGUAAAAGUGCAUGUGUGUAUCCCUCAUGGAAAAUCCUUUAUCCAUAAUUCAUUCUGAUGCUCGAAAUAGAGUUUCAACCAACUCCCAAAGCCUCAGGAGCAAACCCAGCCCAUCCUCCCUGUGCUGGUUCAGGAUUUCACCUUCUUGGGGCUCAGUUUUUACAUGGUUGCUCACGUCCCACGGUGGCAACGUUCCUGUUUCCUGUGGUUUCCUCUGGUUAAGAAUCUCUUCCUUCACACUGGGAUAUUUUUAAAUUUUAUUUUGAAAUGUGGGAUGCGCUGUUUUCUCCCCACACUAAAAGUUUUGGGUGUUUAACUCUUGUCAGUGAGGCACCUGGAACUUGGCAGCUCUGGCAGGUCUCUGGAGGAGCCAGGGAGGCCUGAAGGGCUGGUCCCACGGAGUCUUCCUGGCUCCAGGGACAUCCCAAUCCUAGUUUUUCCUCAUGUUCCUUGUCAGUGCUGCUUCUCUGCCCAUGAGAUCACGGCACAGGUGUGUUUGGGAAGCAGCUUGUGACCUCUCCCUUGGCAAAGCUGCCUGGGUUAUCCCACCUACCCAUUUACUUUGAAACCAAUUUGAAUAAUCCAGUAUUUUUUCCCUAUUUUUCCUGAAUGUUAACAGGAGAAAGGGAGCAGCAGCCUGGAUGUUGUGGCUGGUGCUGUGCUGUGCUUUUUAAACCUGACCUUGUGAACUGCCGAUACCAGAGAUGGAAUUCUUCUACAUCACCUUUUUCCCCUCAAAUGACAUCAGUGUGCUUUAGAAAAUCAGUUUUUUUCACAGCAGCUUCCUGUGAGUUGAGGCUGGGAGGAGUUCUGGAUCCUCUGGAUCCUCUCCUAAGGCAAAACCUUGGGGUGCUGACUGGAGAUGCAGCAAGGCCCUCCCUGCUCCCUCCCCAGCAGCAAAGCCAGUGAGCUCGGGCUGUGUUCAGGUAAUUAAAAAACAGCUCCCAGUAAAUCGGGGCCUCCCUGUUUCAGAUAUUCCAUAUGCAAACACAACACCUACCUCAGAGCUGCUGCCGUGUUUCCUGUGCUGGGGUGCAGAGGGCUGUGCCAGAGUUUACAGUUAAAUACAGCCAGAGGUGAAACCUUUUGUUCUCAGUGAUUCCUCCAGGUUCGCCCCUUUUCCUGGUGUCUGUCCCAGCACGACUGGGAAAGGCAGACAUGGGGCACGAGGAUGGAUGUUGGAUCGUUCAGGGCACGGCUGCACUGCAGUCCUGGGCCGUUCUGGCUGAACAUUCGCUGCCUCUCAGGGGUGAAAAGGGCUUUUUCCCGCUGCAGCAGAGGAGCCUCCGGGGCUCCAGGGGCGGCUCCAGGGGCGGCUCCAGCGUUUCUCGGGGCACGGGUGAGCUGUGACCCGGCACCGAGGGCUCUCGGUCACCAGGGAGGCACCAGAGCUCCUCUCAGGAGUUCCUCAGCUCCUGGACUCACUUCUCUUGGGAAAGGGAAUUCCCGGCUGUGCCCAGGUGAGGGAGCCCGGAGUGACGCUGGGAGCGUUUGCUGCCGCGUCCAACCAGUUCCCUUUCAGGAACAGGGAAAAACCAACUUGGAAUAAGAAUUUCUAAUCCCAGCUUGGUUUGAAAAAGUCAUAAUCCGCUCGUCCCAAAUCUGUACCACCUCCUGAGCUUGGAAUUCCCGGUGGGGAGUGCUGAGCCCAGCUGUCCACCCUGCUGGGGUGGGAAGUGCUGAGGAAGUGCCAGCCAUGCUCCAGGCAGGGAAUCCCUCCUUUCAGAAGGCACACACUGCUUUCAUAUCCCAGAUGUUUAUACUGUGAGCAAUUAAUGCAAGGAGCAGCUAUUCGACUCUUAACUGACAGCACUUCUCAAAGAUUCCUGCAUGGAUUCAGCUUUAAUAUUCCUCCAACACCUUUGUCACGAUCCUCACGCCUGAUUAUUUCUCUCUUGGAAGGCAAAAUUGGAAUUGUGUCACAUGCACAGGCUUUUAGUGACACCAACACCCACUUCCAAGUUCUUAGUGACAUGUGUAAGUUAAAUGGGCAUUAAUUAUUUUACUUACUUUCUCUCCCUUGCAGCUGGCUUUGGUUUUAUUUACUGAAAUCCUCAUUUUUCUCAGCCAAACCUCCUUUAAGAGCCCUCUGCAAACUGCUGGGCCCUGUAACGUGUUCCCUGACAACAAAUGUGCUUCAGUGACUGUCUGUGGGUCCUGGUAGAGCUGUACCUUUGGGUAUGUUGGAAAUAAAACAGCAUCUCUAAGAACA